AUAUUUUCACAAGCUGUCAUCAGUAAUUACAUUUAGAAGUAUUUAUCUUAAACGUUUUUGGUUUUUUUAUUAGCAUCAAGGAGAUCGCUGCUACAGCCAAAAGGCUACCUUGAUAAGGGUUCUGAAGUUACGCGUUUCUUGGAUUAUUGAAGAGCAUGUCAGUGACCAGUACUAAGUUCACGCGAAUUGACUGGAAAGAAGGACGGCGUGCGGAUCUGUCCAUGUUGCCAGAAAUAUCAAGACUGACUAGCAGUGAUCCGAGAAGCUGGAUCGGCAACAGGUUUCAAGUAAAUUCCCACGAAUUUCUUAUCCAACCUCCAACAGAAGGGACAACGGCAACUUUCUACGAACACGGAACAGGUGUGACCGACGUGGACAAUUCGAUACCCAGCAGCCAGUCGUGCAACAAUAUAUUAAUAACGGACCGAGAUAUAUGCACGGUGAAGGAGGAGGCCAGGAGGAACACUGUAAUGGAAUAUCCUGUCUUACAAAAGCACAGACGUGUAGCGGCCAAUGCUAGAGAAAGGCGCCGAAUGCAUGGGCUGAACAGGGCUUUCGAUGAGUUGAGGAGUGUCAUCCCUUCGCAAGACAACGAGAAGAAGUUAUCCAAAUAUGACACGCUGCAAAUGGCUCAGAUCUAUAUAGCCGAGUUGUCAGAAUUGCUCAAAAGUGUCAAUGAAAAAGACCGAUGUACCGACAGCUGCAGCCAGCUCAAAAUGUGCCCAUCUGAAGCGAUCUCCAGCUAUCCACGGACAUGCUCAUCCUCCUCGGCCAAAUUUCCUGUCCUGGGGGAACCUCGGGAAAAGCAGGCACCCACAGGACACUUGGUUAUCGUGCCAAAGCUCAAAUCAGUUUUGGGAACAGACAAUGGUCAACCGAGCCCUGCGAAUGGUAGUGAUGGCGAGUCAUGUCACUACAGUGACAGUGAGGAUGGCCAGAUGGACAGGCGGUAGAAGCAAAUUAUCAACUCAAGUUUUUUCAAUAAAGAUGGGCAGGACAUAAAGUGAUGACACUGUAAUGUUAACUAAAGCCCAAAUAAACACUGGGCACGUCCUUACUGACUAGGG